AUGGCAAAUUCAAGUAAACUUAAUUCUAUUGUUUGCUGUCGAUACUUUAAACGACCUAAGUCAGUGAAAACUGAACAGGACGUAUUAACAAAUCAUUCAAGCCAAUUUAAUAUAACUGAAGAAGAAUUAAAACAUAAAAAACUUUACGGUGUAUGUAAAACUUGUGGUACGUCACUCUCCGACAAAGCUUGGUGUAGAACUUGCGAAGGUCAAAAAUUACAAAAAAGUUUUAGCGAAUGGACAAGUGGUAACGAAUAUGUCGAUGAUUUUAUUCGUAACUCUCAGACUAAACCAUUAAACAAAGAAUGUUACCUCUCAUGGAUUCCUUUUGAGAAUUUGUCUCAAGUGAAAUAUAUGGCUAACGGUGGAUUUUCAGCCGUGUAUCGUGCUUUAUGGGAUAAAUUAGAAAACAGCUACUUAACCGAUGUUGUUCUAAAAAGGCUACACAAUGGUUGUACUUCUGAUCCGGAAUUCUUAAAAGAACAGACCAUUGAAAAUUGGGUUUUAUCUUCUGAUAAACCUAUAUGUAACAAGUUAUCUCCUGAAUCUAAAGGUUUAGUUAAACAAUUGAAGGAUUCUGAUAUCUUGGCAAAAAAACAAUUUAAAAUACAAGCGGAUGCACCUAUAUUAUUGCCGCCUCCACCUACAAUUUCUGCUUCAGUGUUUACCAGUAAGUCAUUGAAGCCAUUUGUGACUGCUUCUGAUUGCCAAACUAUUCGUAAAAUUUCUUCUUCAACAAGUUCAUUGAUACAUGUUUCAUAA